AUGAUGCUAAUCCACACGGCUGAUAAAGGAAUUGCCUUCAAUUUCCCAGUCUUCCAAUCCGGCGCCGAGGACGAAUUCACGGUGCGAUGGAAUAAAGAUAGCUGGCGAACCAUUCGGUUCCGUCCGCGAGUCCUACGGCCCAUCCGCAGCAUCGACCUGACAACCUCCAUCCUCGGAACAGAAUAUUCGGUGCCGUUCUUCAUCUGCCCCGCCGGGGGUGGCAAGCUAGCCCAUCCUACUGGAGAGGUACUUCUGACACAAGCGGCCGGAAAGCACGGCGUUCUACACUGGGUAUGCAAUAUGGCUGGGUGUAGUCAAAAGCAAAUUGCAGACGCGCGUGGGCCGGCACAAACGCUGUACUGGCAGAUAUAUGCCAUGAACGAUCUGUCUGUGACAGAGAAGGAAAUAAAGCAAGCGAUUGCGUUGGGGUAUAGAGGGUUCGCGUUGACUGUGGACGCGAUUUGGAGUGGCAAGCGCGAGCGCGAUUUGCGCCUAAGUGUUGACGGCGGUGACGAUUCGGAUGUAGAUCAAGAUGAAGAAGCGAACGAUGGAUUUGCCAGUGGUCCGACAGUGAAGCGGUCCCCAAUCUGGACCGAGUUCGACUGGCCCUCGUCAAUUGCAUGGCUCCGAAAAAUUACAAAUCUACCUAUUGCGAUUAAAGGUAUCCAGUCUUGGGAAGACGCGGUACUGUGCAUGGAGUACGGAGUGCACCCGUGGUUGUCUAAUCACGGAGGCCGACAGCUCGAAGGAGCUCCUUCUGCUGUCGACACUCUCUUAGCAAUCCGGAAACACUGCCCUCAGGUCUUCGAUCGCUGUGAAGUGAUUGUCGAUGGGGGCAUCACGCGAGGCGCGGAUAUCGUGAAAGCUCUUGCAUUGGGCGCCAGGGCCGUCGGACUCGGUCGUGGAUUUCUUUACGCAUUGGCCUUUGGAGAACGAGGUGUCAGUCGGGCGAUCCGGAUACUGAGGCACGAGGUUGAGACGACGAUGGCUCUUCUUGGGGUGACGAACCUUGGCCAGCUGAAUCCAUCCUAUGUGGAUGUCUCAAUGCUUCAAGAUGGCCUCCCAUUCCCUCGCUCCCAUCUCUAG